AUGAAUUACACCGAUGCCCUGGCUUCACUACAAGCAGGGGGUAUGACAACCCAACUACUCCCCUACGCCGUAGGCCUCCUCAUCGCCUGGCCGGUAGUAACAACAAGCCUCCGAUUCCAACGCCUGCGCAAGCUCCACAAACAAUAUGCCUAUCCAACACGGGAGUCAAUGUCCAAAAUGACCGACGAAGAAGCCUUCCAGAUCCAAAAACAAGUCGCGCAGCUCGAAUUCCCAUUCAUAUUCAUCAAGAGCUUACAAUUCGCGUUAUUCCGGACAUACGGAAUCCCCUCAAUAUCCCGCCUCCUCGCAAAAACAACCCAAUUCUCCAACCCGGAUACCUCCCUGAAGCGGUACACAGAUACCAGCCUCCUCGUGCAAGAAUGGGUCGGCAACAACCCGACUUCCAUGCGCGCAUGUCUCGGUCUUGCCCGGACGCGCUACCUGCACAGCGGGUACAGGGCCUCUGGUAAGAUCCUCGAUGACGAUAUGCUCUUUACGCUGGCGCUGUUCGCGCUGCAGCCGAUUCGCUUCAUCGAUCGCUAUGAGUGGCGUAAGCUGAGUGACCUGGAGCGAUGCGCUAUCGGGACAUUCUGGAAGAGUGCCGGUGAUGCGCUGGAUAUUAGCUAUGAGAAACUGCCGUCUGGUAAAGUCGGGUUCCAGGAUGGGAUUCAGUGGCUCGAGGAGUUGACUGCUUGGGCUGAUGAGUAUGAGGUGAGAUGCAUGGUGCCUGAUAUUAAGAAUCGUGAGACGGCGGAUCAGACUACUGCUGUCCUGCUUUAUAUGCUACCUAAGGUCUUUCAUCCGGCUGGGUUGCAGGCUGUUUCGUUUAUGAUGGACGAUAGGCUUAGGAAGGCGAUGUUCUACGAACCCCCCUCCGCAUUCUGCACAGCACUUCUCUCAACCAUCUUCACAGCCCGCAGGCUAUUCCUCCGCUACCUCUCUCUGCCACGACCGUACUUCAUGCGCUUCGCUUCGUCCACUGAGGAGCCGGAUGAGAACGACCGCUUCUUCCUUACCGAGUGGGAGGCUGCGCCGUACUAUGUCAAGCCCACAUUCUGGAACCGCUGGGGCCCGAUGGCAUUGCUGACGCGGGCUAUAGGGCGGGCUGUGCCAGGUGACGAGGGGGAUAAGUAUUAUCCCACUGGAUAUAGUGUUGCGGAUAUUGGACCGAAGUAUUUCGAGGGGAAGGGGAGGAAGCAGUUAGAGGAGACUCUGGUGGAGUUCAAGGAGUAUCGGACUGGGAAAUGUCCCUUCCAUUGA